AUGUCCGAACUAUCGUCCUCAUUGCCAGCCGCUUUCAACAAUGCCACGUCUUCACUUUAUUCAGGGCAACAACAAUUACAACGACGGCAACUACAACAAAUGCAAAACAACAAAGACAAUGAAGGCAAUAAGCAGAGACCACCUGGUGCAAUAUCAUUUGUGCCACCGAAUCUCUAUCGCACUUCAUUACUUCCACAAGAUUCAAACGAUCCAUGGACAGGGGCUUGGGGUCUCAAAGGCUUCUUGGUCAAAACACGAUGCACCAAAGAGACGAUGCAGGAUAAACAACAACAACAACAGCAACAGCAACAGCCCAGUGAACGAGAUUACUUUGCACAUAAUCACCACGCUUCUACACAAGAUCGUCUCAAAUGCUUUGAUCGUAUCCAUGCAUUGGAAUCAGAUGCUGAACCACUUAUCAACAACGCUAGUGCACAUCGUAUCAUUCGACGUAAUGCAAUCAUUGUUCUCUCACACGCAGUAUCGACCACAUUCUCGAAAAGACAGCACUACGAGCAUGCCCUAACAGAUGAGCCAUCAGCACUUUUCCACGGCAGCAGUGUACCAGCUGACAUGAACAUUGCAUCAACAACAAGCGAGUCACCUGUUGUGGGGGCCAUCAAGGAACCCAAUUUGUGA